AUGGCCUUAUCCCCUGAAACUGUUGACGAUGUCAUUCGCUACGUGCCAGGCGACAUGGUAAGGUGGCACUUCAUGCCAGGCUUUAUCGUUGCAUCAUUUUUUGCCAGCCUUAGUGGUACCUUGUUGACAAUCGAACUGCUUCAACGGAAACGUUUAGGCAAGUCACUCAUGAGCAGGGUACAUCUUUUCGCUUGUUCGCUGAGCAUGGGUCUUAUCGGAAUUUGGUGUAUGCACUUUAUUGGAAAUCGUUCAAUCGCUUUAGGAAAUGGCGAGAGACGACUACAGCUCGUCUACAGUCCUGCGUAUACUGGUCUAUCGUGCGUGCUACCAAUCCUCGGUUUGACGGUGGCCUUCCAGAUCGCGGAGAUCAACAUAUGUUCUUUUGUCCUACGAAGACUCCUCGACGUUGCAUGUGGAUUGAUGGCUGGACUUUCCAUCGUUUCCAUGCACUAUGUUGGAAAUCUUGGAGCAUCAAACUACACAUUGAUCUAUCCGAGACGUUACAUCGUUGCCGCUUGCAUUAUCGCUGUCGGAGACUCGACAGUUGCUCUUGCGUUGUUCUUCUAUUUCAAAGAAAGGUGGAUCAGUGUUUGCUGGAAGCGUUGUAUUUGCGCGCUUCUCCUUGCAGUCGGAGUCUGUGGGAUGCACUUUACAGCAUCCGUAGGUUGCCAAUAUCAGCUCAAGAGUAUACCGUCAGAAGCAGAACCUGAUGCAAGAAACACCCCAGUAAUUGUGGCAGCCACCAUGUGCUUUGUGGCUUCCAUAUCUUGUCUCGCCAUCCUCUUCUACGUUCGAUACCGAAAUUCAGUCCUUGCGAACAGAGCUCAGCAUAUGAUGCUAGCAUGCGCCUAUUUCGACGAACAUGGUAAUAUCAUGGUUACAAAUGAGGGCACCCUACCUUCACAAAGAAUUGCCAAACGUUUUGUGCUUCAAAAAUUCGAUGAUCACUUUGGUAUACACCAUCCUGUCUGGUUCUGGAUCUGGAAAGUGAGUAAUGACUGGGCAAGUAUUGUCGACCUGAUUCCUAAGAUGCGAGCUCAUCUCCAAAGGACGACUCUCUACGCGGGAACAAACACAGUAUCAUCGAGUCGGAAUAGCGUCUACGAUGAGGAGAGCUAUCACGACUCAACAGUCUUGUUUCGAGAAGGAUAUUGCGUGGCCGCAGCAGAUCUCGCUGAACAACUACAGAUCCCUCUUGUGGACGGUCUUGGCCCUCUCUAUGAUCAGGUCUUGGGUACGGGUCUCUUGACAGCGUAUCAGAACGGUAUUAAGGCCCUGGAUAACGGCGGUACUCAACCUUCGACAAUCUUUGAGAAAGGUCAACUACUGUUCUACACUCGCAGACUGUCACCUCCUGAGCUGGAUCAUUAUACCUCGAACGGCUUCAGAUUCGCUCCGUUAUGCCGAGUGGAAGGCGCUAUCGCAAACACAAUGCAGAUUUCGAUUGGUCUCUUGGGCGUACAGAUGCAGCGCAUACAGAAUUUUGCAUACAGAAUCAGCGUGCCCUCUCCUCCGAAACAAGGUACCUACUUUGUCUGCUUCGCUGCUCUUGCUCGCAUACGGGAUAGCUUCCGGGUGCUUGUACCGAUAGACAGACAAGAUGAGCUGCCAGAUGUCCAGGUCUCUCCGUACAACAUGAACUCACAGCAGCUGGAGUGGCUCAAUCGAUACAAUGGCUGGACAGCCGAGAAGCUCAUCUGGCAUGUCAAGCUGAAGGAGCAGAACUGGAAUACCCUUGAUGACGACGAAGAAAAGGCGUUCUUCAUCAUGCUCCGCACCGCAUUAGCUUCACUAGCUACCAAAGUGGGGGAACGUUGGUUCAUGGAUCUUGCAUUCUGUGCAGAACCCAUCACCUUGCGCUAUGGUGCUUCCAGAGCGCAGAGAGAUGGUAUGACGAUGGUGUUUGGCUUCACUAGAUUGGUGGACAUACACCAACCAGCCCGCAAACUCCCUGCUGGCCUUACGCUCGCCAAUUGGGAUCUUAUGAGGAUGCGACAGCACUACUAUCCAGGGUGUAACGAUCAUGGGCGGAUCCGAAGAGAGGUACAUGCUGAAUUUGGACCUCUGCUCACAAAGCACGACGAAUCUGUUCGCUCGGAGGAGCAGCGCGUCAGGUCUCGGAAGAUGAGCCGAACGCGCUCGGCAUGUUCAGACGAUAGUGGUGUACUGAAACAAGACUCUUGGCUUGAAAGCGGACAUGUGGAAGCAAGAAGAGGAUCCAUCGACUCCACAAUCUGGCAUUCUCAGCCAUGGGGUGGUAUCCUUGCAACGACGGAUACAGUCAUCGAGGGUGUUCCAAAGUCUGGACUGGAGUUGCGCAAUCGGACUCCGCAAGUCACGGCAGGAGCUUCAGCAACGGUGCAGACUAGAGAACCUCAAACCUACGUGGACUGUUUGUACGAGCAAGCAAAGAGUCAUGCGUCUCUUGGUAUUUGUGCUUGA